AUGGUGAACAGCCUCCUCUUCCGCUGGGAAGACAGUCAAGCUCUACAGCAUCAUUGCGGCUUCUGUGAGCGUCCCCUCUCCCACCCAGGCGCGAGGGCGAGUUGCUUUGGUACGCACAGUGAACCAUGUCACCGCUUCCAUCAGGCGAUGUUCAUGCGCAAUCGAGCCCACAUCUGUAAUUACUGUGGCACGAUCGACGAAGCGCACUACAAGAGGCACCACGACCUUUUAGUGCAGCUGCGCAGCAUAUAUGAAAGCUGUGGUGAAUCUGACUGGACGAUUGUGCCCGUAGAACCCGGAGAUCCAAGACGAGGCCAAAUGGUCAACGGCGAAACCGGCAAUCUCAGCCCUACACCAGAAGAUACCUCCAUCUCCAAACGUGAGCGGAAAGACGCCAAGUGCCUUGCUCGUGCGGCCAACAGAACGAAAUUCGUUACGCAGGAAGAGAUCAGAUACGUUGAUUCAGUCCUCCACCCCUCUGAAGAUGUGGCAAAUAGUGACGGUGCCAGUCCGGCCAACACAGAGGAGAUGCAAUUGAUUGAAGAACACCUCCGCUACAACGCCAACGUCUACAACAGCCAAUCAAGUCGCAAGGCCCUAAGGCAAUUCGCUAAGAUCCCUGACGUAGAUGUCGAUUUUGAGAGCGAAGUGGAGAGGGUCCUUGACACAUUCCGCAUCACUGAGCUUGUUAAGCGCAACCUCAGAAAUCGCGGGCUGCAAGGCAAGGAGCUCAAAACCUUUGAGAAUCUGGUCGAUGCAUUCAGGAACGCUGUUGUCGAAGACCUUGUCCUCCUCAAGAAGGACAUGAUGGAGGUCCGGAUGCGCCGUGCGGGCUACUUGCGCUACACCAACAAGGCUGCCUACAACAUCGUCGAGGAUCGAUAUAAUGAGAAGGAUUGGAAAACAGGAGAGCGCAUCAUAUCUUCGGCAAGCGAAUCCAGUGGCUUUUCAUCGCCCUUCGAAGAGCUAGUCUCGUCACCUAGCGAAGUCAUUGACUCGUCGAAUCCCAUCCUAAAGACCACAUCUAGUCCUGAUCGUCGUCAUCUACAGCACGUCCACACCCGCAUCAGCGGCGAUGACGGUCUUGGCCAGAGAGUCAUAGAGCCGUAUCAUGCACCUUUGUUGCCUCUCACGCCGAAUGCGGCCCCAAAGAAGCCCCCCAUCCUACAUUUGAAGGUGGUUGAGAGCAAGGAGAACAGAGUUCCUGCUGGCAUGGCCAAUCGUGGGUGGUUGCGACGAGACGUGGCUCGGCAGAUUCCCUUUGAUCAGCCUUCCUCUGUGCCAGAGGAUGAUGGACUAUCGCCGUCGCGGCCGCGAGUCAAAUCUACUACUGCGGGAACUUCGAGAACGCCACUCAAGCCAGUAUGGGACAAGACAACAAGUAUUGGUUCACCUGGACAGCUUGCUCGUAGAAUCGACGAAGUUCACUUUCCUUCGUUGAAUUUGACCGCAGAGAAUCCUCGAUUCCCUUCGAUCCCCUUAGACGCACUCGCUGUACAACCCCCCAGAGAAGAUUUCACGACAAGCUUACGAGGCCCCGAGCGCCUAAUAACGCCCAUCGAAGAUACCGAUGGUGGGCAUCCAGCUGUCUCUCAAAAGAAGGCGAAGAAAACACAGCGCGAGACAAAGCGCAAAGCUAAGAAGAUCGAGUCGCCCGAGGAGAUAUCGAGGCCUACAGCAGAGGAAGAAGCGAGCUUCGGACAAGCUGUGCGCGACCCUUGCAAAGAAUCACCGACCAGCUCAUCAGACCAGGAUGACUCUAAUCUCGCGGACGAGAUGUCUCCUCAGAGCUUUGGUGACCCUGUUGUAGAGCUAAACGACGGCGGUAAAGACGAUGUAAGCAUCGUAGCCAUAGCGGAGCAGGUCGUCGUCAACACUUCGACCAGCCCCUCCAUUACCUCGAUACCACACACCACCCACGGCAAGCAUGAUCACUGGAUUCGGUUCGUGCGCGCGUUUACCGUGGAUCAGUUGACUGUUCCGCUUCUUCAGUCUUUCGAAGGAUGUUCACACGGUUCAUCAUGCCGAUUUGAGAGCCAUGAUGUGCCCGAUUGCCCGUUUCACGAGCCACAUUGUUCUUGUGUUGACCCAGUGCUUGACCAGUGCCAUCUAAUGUAUCCUGGCAGGCAGCCUUGUACAGCGGGCCCGUACAAUCGCGCCCAAGGCCGGCGUCUAAUGGCCAUGUAUGAGCAGCAGGACCUCACCAAAGGCCGUGUAAUGCUUGUAGAUGAUGAUCUUGUGCCAUACUUCCUGGAUCUUAACACCUUACAGAACAAGCCCAAACUUGGUAGCAUGCCCCCUCGUCUGCUGCGCGAACAUACCGAAUUUCUAGAUGGCUAUGAUCGUGGUCCGCUCAUAAAGCAGGAAAUCGAAUUUGAGCGCUUGUUCGCCAAGAACAUGGCCUUCAAACAUGGACUCACUACGAAGAUGCUGCAAGGCAUCCAGCAACAGAACGAUAACGUGAAGGGAUCGGUGCAGCUAUGCUACUGUCGGACCGCGGUUAUGCCGAAGGUCUCUGAGAUCAAGAAGGAGUUCGGCAACGGCUUUGUGAGUUGUAUGUAUCGAAAGUGCGAAUUUGGGGGCAUCUUUCACAAGCGUUGCGUCAAGAAGUUGGGGGUUGAGAAGGUCAGCCGAUGGUACUGCACUGCUUGCGAAAAGAAGAUGAAGGUAACUUCACAGAUGAAGAGAAGGGAGUUGCGAAGAAGGUGGCUGCACGGAUGA